AUGACGGUUGGCACGGAAGCGCAGGGGCAGAUCACCGUCGGGCGCGACGCGCGCAUCACUGGUGUCGGACACCGGCUGCGUCACUACAAACUUGACGAGUUGCCGCAACUGCUCAAUGUGCUCAUCGGUGAUAUGAGCCUGGUCGGGCCGCGGCCGGAAGUGCCGAAGUAUGUGGCGCUGUACACGAGUACGCAACGCGAGCUGGUACUUUCCGUCAAGCCAGGAAUUACGGACCUCGCGUCGAUCACGUAUCGUGAUGAAAAUCGCCUGCUGGGUGAAUCGGCCGACCCGGAGCGCACCUACAUCGAGGAAGUUAUGCCGGUCAAGCUGCGCUUUUAUGAAGAGUAUGUACGUCAGCGCUCCUUGGCGCUGGAUGUGCGUAUUAUUUUCAUGACUAUCGGCAAGCUGAUUCGCUGA